AUGCACGGGGGAGCCGCUCAUAUCCGCCCCCUGAAAUACAUCCCCUACCUUCUUGCUAGCGACCACAUGGCAGAUUCAACCGAACAGCCGUUCACAGUCGCAGUCUCGGAUUCGGACCUUGCCUAUCUGCACAAGAAGUUGGAGCUUGUCCGCUUACCGGACGAACUUAACGAGGCGGGUUGGGACUAUGGCGUCCCGUUGACUGACAUCCGCCGUCUGGUAGCCUACUGGAAAGACGGCUUCGACUGGAAGAAGGCGGAAGCUGAGAUCAAUGAGAUCCCCCAGUUCACGAGAGACAUUGAUGUGGAGGGAUUCGGCACGCUUAACAUCCAUUAUGUCCAUCAGAAGAGCACCGAGGAGCAUGCAAUCCCUUUAUUGUUUGUGCAUGGAUGGCCGGGAAAUUUCCUCGAGGCGAGGAAGAUUCUGCCUAUGCUGACAUCCGUCUCUUCUGAGCACCCGAGCUUCCAUGUCGUAGCACUCAGUUUACCUGGAUUCGGGUUUUCCGAAGCACCGAAGAAAAGGGGGUUCGGCGGUCCUCAGUAUGCAGAAGUUGCCCACAAACUAAUGCUUGCGGUUGGCUACACCGAAUAUGUUGUGCAGGCAGGAGAUUGGGGACACGUUGUUGCUAAGUUGAUGGCCUGGCGGUACGGCAAGCAAGGUGUUAAGGCGUGGCACACAAACUUCCCUGCAGCCAGUCCUCCCUCCUUUGUAUCUGAUCCCUUGCUCUACUUGUCUCACCUAGUGACGCCUUGGACACGCGCCGAACGUGCAGGACUAGAGCGCACGACGUGGUGGCGCAACAAGGGUGGCGGUUACUUCCAAGAACAAUCGACCCAGCCGCAAACACUCGGUUACAGUCUGGCAGAUUCUCCGGUAGGCAUGUUGGCGUGGAUUUACGAGAAACUGGUGCAGUGGUCGGAUAAUUAUCCAUGGACUGACGACGAAGUCCUAACCUGGCUUUCCGUAUACUGGUUUUCGCGCGCUGGGCUAGCGGCGUCAGUGCGAAUCUACUACGAGAUGGCAGUUGCAGGCAACAUCAUAAGACCGGAACGGAGUUCGGUACCGCUCGGAUUAUCGUUCUUCCCUCGGGAGCUCAUCCUGGCCCCGAGGAAAUGGACGCGUACUAUCGGACGCGUCGUCUUCGAGGACGAACACGACUCCGGUGGUCAUUUUGCCUCCAUCGAGAAGCCCGAGGAGCUCGUUGGCGACGUGCGCCGUAUGUUUGGGAAGGGCGGGCCUGCCUACGGUGUGGUCCCGGGAAAGACGGGCUACAGCGGGUAA